AUGGCGAACUGCUCAUUGAAUACGUACGGCAAUACGAAACCAUUUAUGAUUCAAAACGUAAAGAAUAUAAGGAUCAAGCUAUUAGAACAGCUAUCUGGGAGGAAAUAGGAGAAAAAAUGAAACAACCUCCGGACAAAUGUAAAGAUGAAUGGACUAAAUUGCGAAAUGCCUAUGUGAACGCAAUGAAACGGCGUAAAACUAAAAGUGGUCAGGCUGCUAAAACUAUUACACCGUGGAAGUAUGAAGAGCAGAUGAGUUUUUUGAAGCCGUAUAUGGAAUCUCGGCCUACGGUAAGAAAUCUUAAAUCGCCAGAGUCACCAGUGUCAUCACCAAAUUCAACAGAGUCCCUACCAGAUACUCAAUCGGAAGGAUUCAAUGAAGAUGCCAUUCGAUCUCAAUUUGAUAGCCGCUCUCCAACACCACAAUCGAUUCGAUCGAUUUCUUCUCAAUCAGGCAAACGACCUAUACGUAAUAAAACUAAUUUACAUGAAUUAUACGAUUUAAUGAAAACUUCGCACGAUUUACGACUGCAAAAACAACAAAAUAAGCAGCUAGACAAAGAAAUGGAUGAGACUGACUUGUUUUUCCUAAGUAUGAGCAAAGCCGUAAAGAAACUGCCUAAACUCGAACAGUCUAAAAUAAAAUUGGAUUUGCACACUGCGAUUUCAAAAGCCGAAAUUCACUUUCUUCAAGCACAAGACCAAAUUCGCAGAACACCCAUCCAUAUAACUAGCCAGAUUAUUUCUCAACCGCAACAACAAGGACAUCAGUCACCAGAACACACAUCCACAUCCACGCCGUCACUUCCAAGCACCUCAGCCUUCUCCUAUACACGUACAUCCACAGCAGUCGCAGCACCAAUGGAAACACAAACAUUGGAAUCAGAACAGCAAAAUUCUUGUCUCUCGGCGUAUUAUGCUAAUGCACAAUUUUCUGAGGAAAAUAAUUCAUAUUAUUAAAAAUAAAUCCUUACCUUAAACAUA